CCGCCACGGCAGCGGCAGCGGCAGCGGCGAUGGCGGGCAGGAGCGGAGGACGAUCGAUCUGGAGGAGGGAUGGGGCCUUCAUGCAGAAGGGCAUCACCAAGCUGAAGAACAUCCUCGAGGGCAAGCCCGAGCCGCAGUUCAGCUCCGAGGACUACAUGAUGCUCUACACGACGAUAUACAACAUGUGCACGCAGAAGCCGCCGCACGACUAUUCGCAGCAGCUCUACUACGACAAGUACCGCGAGUCCUUCGAGGAGUACAUCACCUCCAUGGUGAGCCGCCUGUUGAUUUCCCCCUUGCUCUUGUGA